AUGAGUUCAGUUUCAGUAGUUAAUAAGCCUCAUGUCGUAUGUACUCCGAUUCCAUUUCAAAGCCAUAUAAAGGCAAUGCUUAAAUUUGCAAAGCUCCUCCACCACAAAGGUUUCCAUAUAACCUUUGUCAACACAGAGUUCAACCACAAGCGGUUUCUUCAAUCUCUUGGACCCAACUCCCUCGAUGGCUUGCCUGAUUUUCGAUAUGAAUCGAUCCCAGAUGGCCUUCCAAUAAGUUCAGAUACCGAUGAUGAUGGAAAUACUGUCCAAGACAUCCCUUUGCUUCUUGAUUCCAUCAGAAAAAAUUUAUUGGCUCCGUUUCGAAACCUCCUCAGAAAACUCAAUGACACUGCAUCUUCCAGUGCCAACAAUAUUAUUAUUAAUAAUCCUCCAGUGACAUGUAUGGUGUCAGAUGGUUUUAUGACAUCCACCAUCACAGCAGCCGGAGAGCUUGGAAUCCCUGUCGUACUCUUCUUUACCAUUGCUGCAGCCGGCUUCAUGGCCUCUAAACAAUGUUCUGUUUUGAUGGAGAAAGGACUUGCGCCACUCAAAGAUGAGAGCUGUUUGACAAACGGCUUUUUGGACAAGGUAAUAGAAUGGGUUCCAGGAAUGCAGGGUAUCCGUUUAAGGGAUCUCCCAAGCUGCUUUCGAACGACAGAUCCGGAUGACAUUGUGUUUAACUUUGCCAGGGAAGCAAUGGAUAGUGUUGAUAAGGCUUCAGCAGUUGUUGUUCACACUUUUGAUGCGUUGGAGCCACAUGUUUUGGAUGCUCUUUCAUCUAUGCCUCCACCUGUUUAUGCAAUAGGCCCUCUACAAUUACUUCUCAAUCAUUUACCAAAAGACCCUUUGAAACCUAUGGGAUACAGUCUACGGAAAGAAGAAACUGAGUGCCUCCAAUGGCUAAACUCCAAGGCACCAAACUCAGUUGUUUAUGUCAAUUUUGGGAGUUUAGUGGUCAUGGCACCACAACAACUUGUUGAGUUUGGAUGGGGACUUGCAAAUAGCAAGCUUCCCUUCUUAUGGGUAAUUAGGCCGGAUUUGAUUGUUGGUGAAUCAGCAAUUCUGCCACCUGAGUUUGAGUUUGAAACUAAAGAAAGAGGUCUAAUAGCAAGUUGGUGCCCACAAGAGCAAGUCCUGAACCACCCAUCCGUCGGAGGGUUUUUGACACACAGCGGUUGGAAUUCAACCAUUGAGAGUCUAACUGCGGGUGUGCCUAUGCUCUGUUGGCCAGUCAUUGCUGAGCAGCACACCAAUUGUUACUUUGCAAUGAAUGGGGCAGUGGCAUGGAGAUUGAUAACAAUGUGA